AUGAAUGAUCAAGACGGAGACUGGAAUUAUCAUCUCAGGAUCCUAACCAACAGCGCGCGUGAUUCCACGGAUCCUGCUUCCGAUCCAUCUGUGCUACAAUCAAAUAAGGUCUUCCAACGCUCUGUUGCUUCGCUGACUCAGUCCGAGACAGGGACCUCCAAAGGUCUUCUCUUGCUAGCCAUUCUUCAGUUUUUUCUUGAUUUUGGAGAUAUGGUUCUGCACGAUGCUGACCCGAGUUUGAGGACUUUCUUCCGCUCCUGUCUUAGCCGUGAGUUCUCGGAUGCUGCUGUUGCGGAGGCAACUUGUGAGUUUCUUAUCGAGAAUAAGAGAAAGCUCUUGGCGUCUUUCCCUAACUUACUCUCUCAGUUUUUCCCGUUGUUGCUUAAGCUCAUUGCCUGGAACUGGGAGAAGUUGGAGAAGUCCUUCCUGAAGAUAUUUCCAGGACUGAUAUCACCUGGGUCAUUUCUUCCUCUUUUUCCAUCCAUUCUAGACUUGCCAAUGCUGGUUGUGGCGCUAGAAAAAGUGAAAAGGAGCUCGGGGUCAGGGUCAAGGGUCGGAGGUAGCAUUGCUUCAAUCCAGAAGAGUGCAGCUCCUGAGAUGCUUCUUGCCCUUAUGGAUGAAGCCUAUACCGGUUCAACCAUCGGAGACGGAGGGGAUGACUCAGAGUCCGAAGAUAACAAUACAAUAGACGUAGCUGAUCCUCUGUUUCUUGAGCUUCUCAAGGACGAAAAUGAUGGUCUAGCUGAACGACACCUAGCUUCUCCUGCAUUAAACGCAGCGCUGCAGGCUGCUGCGAGUGGUCCUUGGUCAGAGAGGAUGAAGCAGACACUUAAGAUUGCUCCUAGACUUCUUGAUGUUUACUUUAGUGUUACCUUGCGAGAUGCUAAUGACUGUAAAUUCAUUUAAAGCAGUGUUCUUAAGUUUUCGAAAGAGGAUAGGUUAAUCACCAACUUAGAGUUAGUAAUGAUUUUAUCUUUUUUGCAGCUCUGAUAUGUGCAUUAAUCCCUCUACUCAUGACAAGGAACUCUACUUUAUUUAGAAUACAACACUAUCAUUCAAGUUGCUUCA